CGCGGGAACAGAGUCGCAGACCCUCUCGUCACCCACCGACUCUUCUUUGUUCCUCUCGUAUUCCGCAACGAAGCCACGAGUUCUAUAUUCUUUCUGCCCUCGAUCCCACCGGAUUCUGUCCCGAUGCCGGUAACCCGGUCGCAAGCGAUCUCCUCCAAACCUCGGUCUGAAACCCUAGCGGCCUCUCCGCCGCCGUCGUCGCCCGCUGCUCUCCUACCGUCUACCACUGCGAGAACCCAUCCUCCGAUGCCCCCCCCUGCGACGCCCUCCUCUUUCCUGGGCUCGGGUUCUGAGAUUGUUCCCUCCGGAGGGGUGCCGCCCUGCAGGCGGAGCCUCCGCUUGGCCUACAUGUCGGUUGCCCCCACUGGGAGCGCUACCUCUGACGCUGCAGAGAGUAGUGUUAAGAGGAGGCGACGAUCUAGGGCUUCCAGCACUGCGGGCGAAGCGGAGGGCGGGGAUAUCGGGUGCAAGACUUGCGUGCAUAGAGGAAGAAAUGAAGUUUUGGAAGUCAGGUCUGUUGCAGAAGAUGCGGUUGGGGGAAAGUACAUGUUCCUGAGGUCGGGGGCGAAGAUUUUUCGGAAAGGGUUGGGCCAGACGUUGUUAGAGACCGAUAAGGUUACAGUAGAGAAGCUGGUGACCGAUGUGCAGUGUGUGGAGGAAGCCUUUGAAAAGGAUAAGAAUGUUGAUGCUGACGUGGUUGCAGAGAGGUUGGAGGAGAACACUGAAGAAGAAAGAUUCGGUUCUAAAGAGAAAGGAAAGGGAAUACUGAGAGUGCCAGAACCAAUCGAGCUACAAUUCAUGAAAGUGAAUCUCACCGAGAGAAAAGGGAAGGACAAAUUGGUUAUGGAAGAAGAUUAUUUUCCAGUAUAUGCAUCUGAGUUUGGCAUGGAUGCCGACAUGAUAAAUCUGAAGGAUGCUGUGGAAUACUCACAGAAAGAUGAUGUAUCAGUGAAAAAAAGAAAGCCUCAGAAAGGAAAAGGACGAAUUGAUUCUCGAAAAGAAUCAGACAGGACAAGAGCUAUGGAAUUGGCUCCCAAGUUUGCCUUCUUUAAACCUAAAGAAGAUGGCAGCUUGGAGGAAGAAGAAGGACAUCAGGAAAUAGAAGAUUUGUCACCAGAUGCUGACCAUGAUGAUUGGCCUGGGCCAUUCUCUACUGCCAUGAGAAUCAUCAAAGAAAGAUGUGAAAAGCUGAGGGCUCGUGAGUCAAAUUCUUAUGUGAAGAAGGAUGAGACCAGCCAAUUAAAAAUUCCAUGGAUGCCUUCAAACAACUGCAAGCCCUUUGCUCGGCCACCUCCAACACUUCGAGAUUUGUGCAUGAAAGUUCUCUCAGAUAAUGCUGAAGAGAUUGAAUCAUUUGAUGGCAUUCCUGAUGUUCUCAAACACAAGCUUAUAUUAAUGUUAUGUCACUCUAGGAAAAUGAGUCCUCGCCUUAUUGGUCUUCUUGUGAGAGGUAGUCCCACUGAGAUAUGCUUAAGUGAUUGUUCGUGGGCAACAGAGAACCUGUUUCAGGAGGUCUUUUCCCAAUGUAACACAAAAUGCUUGAAGGUGGUACAACUAGACCUAUGUGGAAGAUGUUUGCCAGACUCCGUGUUGCGUGGUACCUUGGCCCAGUACCCACAUAGUUUGCCUUCAUUAACUACAAUAUGUCUCAAGGGUGCUUAUCGUCUUUCAGAUGAUGGUUUAAAUGCAAUCAUUCAUUCAGCACCUUCCUUAAGAUCUGUAAACUUGUCACAAUGUUCUCUUCUUACCUCAUUAGGGAUCAUAAAUGUUGCUGCUAAAUUGGACACAGUCUUGACAGAAUUAUAUGUUGAUGAUUGCCAAAAUGUGGAUGCUAUGGCUAUUCUCCCUGCUUUGAAGAAAAUAAUUCAUUUAGAGGUUCUGUCAGUAGCUGGAAUUCAAUCUGUCUGUGACAAAUUUGUUCACCAGCUUAUUCCUGUAUGUGGUUCACACAUGAAAGAACUUAUCUUUGCUAGAUGCCAGAAAUUGUCUAGUGCUUCCGUCAAAACUAUUAGUGCAUAUUGUUCUAGAUUAUGUGCUAUUGAUCUUCGGAAUUUGAACCGACUAAAUGAUUCUGCAAUAGGAUAUCUUGCGAAUGGUUGUAGAUCACUUCAGAAACUUAAGCUGCGUCGCAGUGCAUUCAGUGAUGAAGCAGUUGCAGCAUUUUUGGAAGCCUCUGGAGGUUCAUUGAUUGAGCUUUCACUGAACAAUGUCGAAAAGGUUGCACAACAAACUGCUCUAGCCAUUUCACGCCAGUGUUCCUCAACCUUGUACAGUCUGGAUCUUUCAUUUUGUCGAAAAUUGACAGAUGAAGCACUUGGUUUGAUUGUGGACAGUUGUUCAUCUUUAAGAAUUCUUAAAUUAUUUGGAUGCACCCAGGCCACAGAAGUAUUUUUUAGUGGUCACUCGAACUCCAUUGUCAAACUCAUUGGAUGUAAAGGACAGCUAUUAGACGAAAUGGAGAUUCCUCAUUUUGUUUAGCAACAAAGAU